CAUUAAUUAAUCGGUUUGAAGUUCUGGUGAAGUAAUAUUUACCGAAUGGAUUCACAUAAAACGGAGUCAAGUUGUUCAUUAUCAACUGAAAUGGAACGUAAAUCAUCAGCCGAAGAACCAGUUUGUGACGAAGGAGUACAAUUAGAACGUUUUGACUCAGUGGAUAGUUUUCGCACAAGAGCAUCGACAGAAAGCCGGACUGUAUCAAUGGCUUCCACUGAAAGCUACGAAACAGCUUCCUCAUCUUUCCCAAGCUGGGAUAGAAACAGCUGCCAAGGGAACAGAAGAUCCUGUUUAUUGGGAUGGAUAAAUUCGCUGGAGGAAACUACCAGACGAACACUUUUCAUUCAUCAUCUGCCAGUAGAAAUAUGCGAUCCCGUCAAAGACAUGUCGUUGUUUAGUUGUGAAGCGGAGUUUUGUCGUAUUUGUCAUUGCGGUAAAGAGGAUGAAGAGUUAAUUGCACCAUGCAGAUGCUCUGGAAGUGCUAAGUUUGCGCAUCAAAGUUGCUUGCUGUCUUGGUUUGAACUGAAAAAGGACAAGACAUGCGAACUGUGCCUUUACGAAAUUUCUGUCAAAAAGAUGGGCUUCAAACCAUUCUCACAGUGGAGACUACCAUGGCGUUCGUGCGACAUUGUGGCGUACCUUUUCUUGUUCUACUGUCUGGUUCUGGUAGUAUUUAUAGCCAUGGUACUGUGGAUCGCCUCUAAGCGUUGCCUCUCUCCCAUUUGCAUUGUUCUGUACUUCGCGUGCGGUUUGGCAGUGUGUUACUUCACCUAUUGCUGCGGUUGCAUAGAACAUAUUCGCUUCUACUGGAAAGCAUGGAUCGAUGUGAACCGUCAGUGGCUCAUAUUAACUCACAAAGACAGCGUACAGGUCCUCAAUAAUGCUACAGAAAAGAUGAGCAACAACGGAUGUGGCAAAGCAAGGGAGGAAUUUGUCUAGGUGCUUUGAAACUGCCGCUAUGUAAUUAUAACAACAGACCAAUAUCGAAAGGAAAUAUAAGGAAAGAAAACAAGGAGAGAAUAACAUACUCAUCUUUAUAAAAACAAAAAAUAUUAUGUAGGAGACGUGGUAGUCUGAUGGCAAGUGCGUAGGGCUUCGGGUCAAGAGGGCUGGGUUCGGAGCCUAGCCGAGUCAUUGCGUUAAAUCAGUUUUAUUAGUAUAGAUGCACUCAUAUAGCGAGCCUGGGCUUCUUGUGAACAACCCUGUAGGCCUUCAUAUUCCUGCAAGACGCAGGUGUUAAACCUCGUGCUGAAAUACGGCAUUCUCAAGUAUUCAACGUAAAUUACUUAUUAAA